CGCGGCGCUUGUUGACGACGUCAUCAGAAAGCAACGCGUCGUCCACGCUGAUCAACACAUCUCGCUGACUCUCCUUCUUAGUUUCGUUUAAAAAAUGGACAAACUCGCCUCUUUGGGCAAGAAAGCGCCGACGUCAGACCCGGAAGAUCCCAUCCGAAGCUUCGAGAAAUGGAAGAAGAAAUACAACCUGACCAAGUCUCGCGUGAAAGAGGAGCGGCGGGGCAGGAAGAAGCCGGAGUGGCAGGCGGAGCGGGAGAAGAUUGACAUGCUGAUCAGCAGGUACGCUGACAUCAACUCCAAAGACGCCAUUAAGUUCUCCGACUUCCCCAUCUCCAAGAAGACCCUGCUGGGCCUCCAGCAGUGUCAGUACAGGCUGCCCACGGAGAUCCAGCGGCAGACCCUCGCCCUGGCCCUGCAGGGCAAGGACGUCCUGGGCGCCGCCAAGACGGGCUCCGGGAAGACGCUGGCCUUCUUGAUCCCGGUGUUGGAGUGUCUGUACCGCCAGCAGUGGAGCUCCCCGGACGGCCUGGGCGCCCUCAUCAUCUCCCCCACCAGGGAGCUGGCCUACCAGACCUUCGAAGUGCUCCGCAGGGUGGGGAAGAACCACGACUUCUCCGCGGGCCUGGUCAUCGGCGGGAAGGAGCUGAAGGCGGAGUCGGAGAAGAUCCACCGCACCAACGUGGUCAUCUGCACCCCGGGGCGGCUGCUGCAGCACAUGGAUCAAACGGCCGCCUUCCACGCCUCCGGCCUGCAGGUUCUGGUGCUGGACGAGGCCGACCGCAUCCUGGACAUGGGCUUCGCCGACACGCUCAACGCCAUCAUGGAGAACCUCCCCCGUGGCCGCCAGACGCUGCUCUUCUCCGCCACGCAGACCAAGUCAGUCAAGGACCUGGCGCGGCUCAGCCUGAAGGACCCGGCGUACGUCUGGGUCCACGAGAAGGCCCGCUUCAGCACGCCGGCCACCCUGGAGCAGAGCUACGUGGCGUGCGAGCUCCACGCCAAAGUCAACAUGCUCUACUCCUUCAUCCGGAGCCACCUGAGGAAGAAGAUCAUCGUCUUCUUCGCCUGCUGCAAGGAGGUGCAGUACCUCUUCCGGGUCUUCUGCCGGCUCAGGCCGGGCCUGCCGGUCCUGGCCCUCCACGGCAAGCAGCAGCAGAUGAAGCGGGUGGAGGUCUACCAAGACUUCCUGCGCAAGAGCACCGCCGUGCUGUUCGCCACCGACGUCGCCGCCCGAGGCCUGGACUUCCCGGCCGUCAACUGGGUGCUGCAGUACGACUGCCCCGAGGACGCCGACACCUACAUCCACAGGGUGGGACGCACCGCCAGGUACAAGGAGGGCGGCGAGGCGCUGCUGCUGCUCCUCCCCUCCGAGGAGGAGGGCAUGCUGGCACAGCUGCGGCAGAAGAAGGUGCCCAUCAACAAGAUCCAGGUGAACCCGGAGAAGAUUCAGGACAUCCAGCCCAAGCUGCAGGCCUUCCUGGCGCAGGAGAAGGAGCAGAAGGAGCGCGCCCAGCGGUGCUUCGUCUCCUACCUGCGCUCCGUCUUCUUGAUGAGGAACAAGGAGGUGUUUGACGUCUUCAAGCUGCGGCUCCGCGAGUAUGCGCUCUCCCUCGGCCUGGCGGUGGCGCCGCGGGUGCGCUUCCUCAACAGAGCCCAGGCGCAGCGGGCGGGGAAGGCGCAGGAGGCGGAGUCCGAGGAGGAGGAGGAGGAGGAGCUGCGCAGUUUCACAGCCCAGCUGAGAGGAGAAGAUGCUGAGUCAGAAGACGAUGAGGUUGAGGUUAAAACGCUCCUGGGUGAAGACGGUGAGGAGGAUGAGGACGACCUCAAAGACUUGGAUAUCCUGACUCUCAAAACUAAGGAUGUGUUCUGCCGGGAGGAGGACCAGGACAGCGAGGAGUCCACCUGCGGCCCUGCCAAAAGCACCCAAAAACUCUCAAAGUUCAAGCAGGCCAAGAAGGUCCUGAAGAGGAACUUCAAGGUGAACACCAAAGUGGCUUUCACCGAUGAAGGACAAGCCCAGCAGGUCUGGCCUCCGCUCCAGCGCCCGGCCGCCAGCCUGCAGGAGGAGGACGAGGACGACGAAGAGGAGGUGUCCGGCAUCAGCUUGGAGAAAGCCAAGGAGCGUCUGAGGAGGGAAGACCGGGAGUUCGACAAGCCAGAGUACAGCCGCAAGGUGAAGGCCAAACACCGCGAGAAAAAGCUGAAGGCCAAGGAGGCCAAAAAGGAGGCCAAGAAGAAGCCUGCGCCCACCUCUGGCAGCGAGGACCAGGACGAGGAGGAUGAAGUCAUUGCGUACCUGGACCAUGACGGCCAAGACCACUUUGACCCCAGCACCCUGCCGGACCCUGACCGACGCUCCUCGGACGAGGAGGAGGAGGAGGAUGAUAACGCUCGGCCCGCCAAACGGCGCCACAGCAGUGACAGCAGCAGCGAGGAAGAGGAGGAGCCCCCAGCUGGCAGGAGGAAGAAGGUGAGGGAGGAAGAGCUCGCCACGCUGGACACGGGACUGACUCUGGCCGAGGAUGAGGAGCUGGUCCUGCAGCUGCUGGCUGGGAGGAGGUGAAGUGGACUGGCUCUGACCCCGCCCACGUGUACAUCAUCAUCAUCAUAUAUAUCUGACCCUGCCCAGAUGUACAUCAUCAUCACUGUCAUAUGAAGCUGACCCCUCCCACAUGUAUAUUAUCAUCACUGUCAUAUGAAUCUGACCCCGCCCAUGUGUACAUCAUCAUCACUGUCAUAUGAAUCUGACCCCGCCCACAUCUACAUCAUCACUGUCAUGACUCUGACCCCACCCACGUGUGCAUCAUCAUCACUGUCAUAUGAAUCUCACCCCGCCCACGUGUACAUCAUCAUCAUCACGGUCAUAUGAAUAUGACCCUGCCCACGUGAACAUUAUCAUCACUUCCAUAUGAAUAUGAGCCUGCCCACGUGUACAUCAUCACUGUCAUAUGAAUCUGACCCCGCCCACGUGUACAUCAUCACGGUCAUAUGAAUAUGACCCUGCCCAUGUGUACAUCAUCACGGUCAUAUGAAUAUGACCCUGCCCACGUGUACAUCAUCACUGUCAUAUGAAUAUGACCCCGCCCACGUGUACAUCAUCAUCAUCACGGUCAUAUGACUAUGACCCUGCCCAUGUGUACAUCAUCACUGUCAUAUGAAUAUGACCCCGCCCACGUGUACAUCAUCACUGUCAUGAGACUGCACAUUCAGCACUUGUGCUCAUGCUGACCUUUUGUUGUGGAUGAUGUACACACUAUUACACACUCACAAAUGUUAUGUCCUGCUUGAUUUAAACGUUCAUUCAUCAACUUAGGUAUAAAGUUAUUCUAUGAAGAAUGUCUUUUGUAAUGUUUCCUUCAAAACGGCAUCAAAUAAGACACAUUUUAGUAACACUACUUCAUAUUUAAAUAUACAAUCAUGUAAUGUACUUUGAAAAGAGAGCAAGUCAUGUGUGAAUGCUCUAAAACAUUCACACAUGCUUUUUUCUAUACUAAAAUGCAUCUAUUUAAAACUCCACAUUUUGGCGCGCUUUACCUUCCUCAUUUUUCAUCCGAUUCAAAACGUUCCAACUUCAAACUGUUCAGCCUAUUCUGAAUCGCGGGCUUUCCCUUGACAAAUUCCAAAAAUUUCCAAAAUUCCAGGUUUCAAACUUCCACAGUUUCCAACCAAUUCACACCAUUCCACCUUCAACUUAUUCCACCUCCCAGGAAAUUCAAAAACAUUCCAGGAUUUUCCAGAAUUCCUGGUUUACCAAAGCCAUAUUUUCACCUUUUGUUCUGGCGACUACUCCUUCCACAUUUUUCAACCCACUUCAACCGUUCCACCGACAAAACUUACUUAGGACAAAAAAACAAAGUUGUUUUUUGAACUCCAAAAAUUCCAGGAAUUCCGUAAUACCAUUUCUCAAUUAAAAAUGUUACUACUUUGACAUUUUUUGACCGAUUAAAAAAAUUCCAACACCAA